AUGUCCAGCGACGAACCUGUUCACGAUGACACCAACGACAGCAAGCAGACACCAGCAAAGCCUUCGGAGCCAGCGGCGAGGUCGAACAGAGGCUACAGCAUCUUCACGGUUCCUGCACCGCUGAAGCGCAUCUUCGACCGUUUCCCACUGGUGACUUACGCUGAAAACGAUGCGCCGUUGCGAGCACCAACGGCUAGAGAUACGCACGGGUUACACAUUUUCACGACAGCAAGCGACGCACGCAAUGGACGGCCAAGCUUCAAUCCGGCUUGCUUGAAGUGGCAGACCUUCUUGAAGAUUGCUGGAGCGCCUUUUCACGCGGUUGCUUCGUCGAAUCAUGCCUCCCCAUCCGGGUCGCUGCCAUUCCUCCUCCCCACUGCAGCAGACCAAGCCACCACACCAGCUCCAAUCCCGAGCAGCAAGCUGAGGAGAUGGGUGAAUGCGCAGAGUGGAGCCAACAAGAGUCAGGAGCCGUUGGACGUUCGUGGAGACGCAUACCCUUCGCUGCUUGAGGACGGCGUAAGGAAAGCAUGGCUCUACCAGCUCUACAUCAACCCAGCCAACGCUGCGCUCGUCGACCGCCUCUACGUCUCACCAUGCUCGUCGAAUAUAUUCGUUCGAAUGACCACCUCCCAUCAGCUUCAGCAGGCAGCUCAACACGAGCUCUCAAAGGCAUCUGCAUCGAAUACGAUACACGAGGCAGAUGUGCUGCAAGAAGCUGCGGCCUCCUUCGAGGCUCUGUCGACUUUGCUUGACAGCGACGAGUGGUUCUUCGGUCGAGACGGUCCCGGCCUGUUCGAUGCCAGCGUGUUCGCAUACACCCAUCUCAUACUGGAUUCGGAUAUGCAAUGGCAAGACAAUGCUCUCAGCGAUGCUUUGAUGGACCACGGCAACCUCGUGAAGCACCGAGAUAGGAUGGUUGAAAUGUACUACUAG